AUGUCGUAUGAAAUGUCAACACAGCAUGCAACCCGAGUAGGGGCCAGACCUUUCAACCACAGUCAAUCCCAAGCUGCCGAGGAAGAGUACGACCGGCUGCGGAACCUGGCACGCCAGGAAGCCUCGAAACGCGCCAAUUGUUUCCAGCGAUCCCAAGAAGCGUACGCCAACGGCGAUGGCGCGGCUGCGCAUGCGCUCUCACAGGAGGGCAAGGACCACGGGGCCAAGAUGGAGAUGUACAAUAAGCAGGCCGCCGAAUUCAUCUUUCGCGAAAACAACGCCGACGGCCGAGUCGCCGCCGACACGAUUGACCUGCACGGACUGUAUGUCGAAGAGGCGGAAGAGAUCUUGGAACAGAGGAUCCGAUUUGCUCAGAGUCAGGGCCAGACACAUCUUCACGUCGUGGUCGGGAAAGGAAACCAUUCUCCCGACCACGUCCAGAAGAUCAAGCCUCGGGUCGAACAAGUUUGUCGUGACCUGGGUCUGCAAUACCACACCGAGUCGAAUGAGGGCAGAAUAUACAUCAAGCUUGACGGCAGCCCCGUGGAGAUGCAACACGUGAGCAACUGGGAUGGCUACCAGACAUAUCCAAAUCAUCAGCAGCAAGCCUGGCAGCCUCAACAUGCUCAACAACAGCAAUACUACCCUGAUCAAGGGCAGGGACAAUAUGGCGGAGAAGAAGAGAAGGUUGGCCAAAGCCUUCUGUCCCGAAUCAUCAACAAACUCUUGCGCAUGUUGUGCGGUUGA